AGGGUGGCCCGGUCCACGCACUGUUUCCCUUCUCACACCCUCUUCCUCGUCCCACCGUUGCGGCUGCAAAUCCCCUAGCUCCGCUUCCCGACCCCGGGGCAGCGAAACUACGCCUCCCGUAGCCCUCCGCGGCCGGGGCGGAGAGCACGUGUUUCCUCUGCCUGCCUGCCGGGCCGCGCCGCCUCAUUUCCCCUGCGGGCUGCGCCGCCUGCCCGAGGGAGCCAGCUGCAGCCAUGCCGAUGAAGGGCCGGUUCCCCAUCCGCAGGACCCUGCAGUACCUGACCCAGGGGGAGAUCGUCUUCAAGGGCGCGGUGAAGGUGAUGACCGUGAACUACAACGCCCGGGGGGAGCUGAGCGAGGGGGCCAGGAAAUUUGUGUUUUUCAACAUCCCUCAAAUUCAGUACAAAAACCCCUGGGUCCAGAUCAUGAUGUUUAAGAACAUGACCCCUUCGCCGUUUCUAAGGUUCUAUUUAGAUAGUGGUGAGCAAGUCUUGGUUGAUGUGGAAGAUAAAAGCAACAAAGAGAUAGUGGAGCACGUUAAAAAAAUCUUGGGUAAAAGCGAGGAAACGCUACAGAAAGAGGAGCAAGAGAAAAAGAAGCUGUCUCAUCCUGCAACCUUUGGACCUAAAAAAUAUCACCUGAGGGAAUGUAUGUGUGAAAUCGAAGGCCAGAUUCCUUGCCCUGGUCUAGUACCGCUGCCUAAAGAGAUGACGGGCAAAUAUAAAGCUGCUAUGAAAGAAAAAGCCAUAUCCUGAUUUAACAGAGGGGGCAAUUCUGCUGCCAUUCAAGGUGCAGAUAGGAUACAAGGUGCUUCAGUAACUGAGGCAGACUUCACAGCCAAAAAACUGGUCCAUGUUUUCAGUCCUUGAUUCACGAGAAGUCUUUUCAUAGAUAUGGUUGGACCCAUUCAUGUUGGUUACCCAGACAAGUGGAAGAAAAUAUUUUUAAAUAAAUCCUUUUAAAACUUUA